AUGCGGAGAGUUGUCGUGACUGGGCUGGGAGCCGUGACGCCCCUGGGUGUUGGUGUCAAUCGAACAUGGUCCCGGAUUCUACAGGGACAUUGCGGCAUCGUCUCAACACGCCAUCUCGGAGAGGAGUUCAAGGCACUUCCAAGUCAAGUCGCCGGUCUGGUACCUGUUCCCAGAUCUGACUCGAAGGUGGAAGAAGGGGUUUGGAGAGCUCAGGAUCAUGUCACGCCAACGGAACUCCGCCAGACUGCCAAAUUUGCACAGUACGCUCUAGCGGCGUCUGCCGAAGCAUUACAAGAUGCUGGCUUCAAAGACGGCAAAGGUCUCGAUCAGGAGAUGACGGGCGUCUGUCUCGGCUCCGGAAUCGGCAAUCUAGAAGACCUAUACAACACCUCAGUGGCGUACAACCAGGAGAAGAACUACCGCAAGAUCCACCCGCUGUUCGUCCCCCGGCUGUUGAUCAAUCUCGGAGCUGGACACAUCUCCAUGCGCUACGGUCUCAGAGGUCCGAACCACGCAGCCACCACCGCCUGCACCACGGGCGCCCACAGCCUCGGAGACGCGUCGCGCUUCAUCAAAUCUGGAGAAGCCGAUGUCAUGAUCGCCGGGGGUGCUGAAUCGUGUAUCCAUCCGCUCGCCAUAGGUGGAUUUGCGCGGUCCAGAAGCUUGGUGACCAAGUUCAACGAUGAACCGUCGCAGAGCUCAAGGCCUUUCGACGCGGAUAGGGCUGGCUUUGUGAUCAGUGAGGGCGCGGCUUGCAUUGUGCUCGAGGAAAUGGAGCAUGCCAAAUCCCGCGGCGCCAGAAUCUACGCCGAACUCGUCGGCUACGGCAACUCCGCGGACGCUCACCAUCUCACAGCGCCGCUGGAAAAUGGUGCCGGAGCUCUCCUAGCCAUGAAAAAGGCCCUCAGACAGGCCCAAAUUCCCCCUUCCAAAGUGGACUACAUCAAUGCUCACGCCACUUCCACACCAUUGGGCGAUGAGGCUGAGAACCAGGCAAUGAAGACACUUAUGUUGGGAGAGCAUGGCAGGAAAUCUGCCAACGAGAUCAACGUGAGCAGUACCAAGGGCGCAAUUGGGCACCUUCUAGGCGCUGCAGGAGCAGUUGAAACUUUGUUCACUGUUCUGGCCAUAUAUGAGAACACACUGCCCCCGACUAUCAACCUCGUCUCCAAAGGCGACGAGUUCGACUGCAACUAUGUUGUGAACGCGGCGCAACAGGCAGAAGUUAACAUCGCCCUGACCAAUAGCUUUGGCUUUGGAGGAACAAAUGCAAGUCUCUGCUUCCAAAAAUAUAAGUGA